GUGGAUCCCCCAAAGAAAAUGGAGGUCCGUAUCCAGAUCCUCUACACUUCAAUUUGCCACACCGAUCUUGGCGCUUGGCUAGGCACGAAUGAAGCUCAAAGGGCGUAUCCUCGAAUUCUGGGACAUGAAGCUUCAGGAGUGGUAGAGAGCGUGGGAGAAGGAGUGACGGAGCUGAAGGCCGGAGAUCACGUGGUUCCCAUAUUCAACGGGGAGUGCGGGAGCUGCGAUUACUGCAAAUCCGACAAAACAAAUCUGUGCGAAAAAUAUCGGGUAAAUCCAUUGAAAAGCGUAAUGGUGAACGAUGGCAAGUGCAGGUUUAGGAGUAAAGAAGAGGGGAAACCCAUUUUCCAUUUCCUCAACACAUCCACUUUCAGCGAGUACACCGUCCUUGAUUCUGCCUGCGUCGUCAAGAUUGACCCCAUGGCUCCCCUUCACCAAAUGGCCUUGCUCAGCUGUUGCAUAGCUACCGGUGUGGGAGCUGUAUGUAAUACUGCCAAAGUGCAACCUGGCUCAACUGUGGCGGUUUUUGGUUUGGGUGCAGUUGGAUUGGCGGUUGUGGAAGGAGCGCGAUCACGAGGAGCAUCCAAAAUCAUAGGGGUCGAUGUUAACCCCGACAAACUAACGAAAGGUCAAACGAUGGGAGUUACCCAUUUCGUAAAUCCCAAGGAACUGGAAAAGCCCGUGCAUGAGGUAAUUAGAGAAAUGACGGGAGGAGGGGUGGAGUACAGUUUUGAAUGUGCGGGUAACUUGGAUGUUGUCAGGGAGGCUUUUCUAUCUACCCACGACGGUUGGGGUUUGACAGUUGUUCUGGGGGUGCACGCGACGCCCGCAAUGCUGCCUCUCCAUCCCAUGGAGCUGUUUGAUGGGCGAAGGAUCGUAGGCUCAGUUUUUGGUGAUUUCAAAGGCAAGUCUCAAUUGCCCCGUCUUGCUCAAGACUGCAUGCGCGGGGUGGCGAAGUUGGAUGAGUUCAUUACUCAUCAACUACCUUUCGAAAAGAUCAAUGAAGCUUUCCAGCUGCUGGUUCGAGGAAAAUCCUUGCGAUGCCUUCUUCAUCUGUCAUCACCUCACCUCAACUCAACUAAACCUCCUUGA